AUGCAAGCCAUUUCAAGAAGUGUAUCUGCUGAGCUAGACGUAGGCAUGACUUCUUCAUAUGAAGAUGCUCUGGACGUUAGUGAUUCUGAAUUAGAAAAACUGUGUCAAGAUGCUGCCCGACAUUUAAAACGAGAAAAGCCGCAGACAGAAGGUAUCAUACUAACUCCCAUCGUUAGAGCAUAUUCUGCCAAACACAAGCGAUCUAGCAGUAGUGAAAAUUCUAGCAUUGAAAAAAUUAGAGUAGAAGGAGCAAGGAGUCGUGUUACUACCAUGAGAGAACGAGACCGAACACGACGGGCAGCCAAUCGUAGUGGAAGUAGUCAAUCUGAUGAAGAUUGGAGGACUGUGAAUUAUGCGUUUCAAGAAGUUGCCCAUUAUCCUGUACUAGUUCAAAUCAAUCAACAACUUCAGUUAUUGAGCCGACAGCUCUAUGACAUAGAAUCUACGAACACACUUCAACUAAGGAUUAUCGCUCAUAUGCUGGGAAAAUUGAUUCAGUCUAAGAAAUCUUCCUUUUUCUCCUUCUCUAGGCUUAUACGUUCUAUUCCCAUUCUUUUAUGCUUCCUCAUAUGGCCAUUCGUGGCGAAAACCGUAUUUAUGUGGAUAAUGAAGAGACCAAGAAGCUUCUCUUUCUUCCGACUGUUAUAG